AUGGCUCGAAAUUUCAAUGGAUUCAUUUUAGCGCAAGAUAAAAAGCCUCCUGCAGCGAGCAAGAAGACAACAAGUGUGAAAACAACAGCAAAUGGCAAGCCAAAAACACUUUUGCAGGAGAAUUUGUCACUUGUUAAAGCAGAAACGAAGAAAAUUUACGGAGGCGCAUCAACUGUAAAGCCAAAAACGGUACCAAAAAAACCCUUGAAAGCGACAAAAGAAGUUAAUAAUCCGAAAAAUGGAGGUACAAGUACAACGACGGAGAAGAAAAUUACAACAACAACACAAAGAACUGCUCAUGAAAUGAGCGACGGGAAGCCAAAUCAUAUCAGAAGUAACAGUCGAACACUCGAACCGCACGAAAUUGUUCUCUUGAAGAAUCCAAAGUACACGGAAGAGCCGGGAGUUGAUACAAUUCAACAUGAAAUCCCUUCUCCAGAUAAAGAUUCAGAAAGUUACGAAUCGGAUUUUGAAGAGUAUGAAUCCGAUUUUUCUGAAGAAUCGAACGAGACAAAUGGAACAACGGAAAGUGAGAAAAAAGUAUCCGAAAUAGAACAUUUUAAUGACGAAGAUGACGACGACGAAUCAAUGUCGGAAAAUUUCACAACAGCAAUCGAAGUUAAGCCUGUUCUUCAUGUUCAACGCAAAUCGAGGCUUUAUGAUAGAAGUUACGAGAUUAUGCGAAAAAUUACGUUAGAUCAUAUGUCGUACGAAUUAUUCGAUGCAAAUCCUGUUCCAUAUCAAACUUUUAUGAAAUUAUAUGGCAAUAGUCAAAGUAUGCAAAAUUUCACACAAACCGAUACAUUUACGAAAAGCAUUGAGACACAAACGAACAUUUAUAAGAAAUUUUCGGUAUGGACUCAAUUUCCAAUAGAAAUUGCAACGCAAGUUGAAUCAAUGAGCGAAAUGGAAACGAAGGAAGAAAACGAAGAAGAAUCCGCUUGGAUGGAAAAAACAUUGAAAAAUUUAUCUACAAAGACAAAUUCAUCAAAUGUUAUCGAUUACGCAUUCGAUAUGGACAAAUUAAAUGCCUUUUUAACGAAAUAUCUUGCAACGAUAUCCUCCAUUCUGGAUCGCAAUACAAAAACGAAGCAACUGAAACAAACAGAACUCGAGAUAAGCAAAGGUUACAACGAAAUUGACAUUUCCAAUCUGAAUCGCGGAAGUAAUGUUUCUCUCAUUUAUGCGAAUCCUGAUGUACCGAAUACCCUUUUGACAGUUCACACGUCGAAAACACUCGAUAGCUUCACGCAGGAAUGUUUGGUUUGCAUUUGGAAUACGGCUUUUUCAGAACCUCUUAAAAUUUUGUCCUGUUGGAAUUGGAUUUCGUGUUUGUUAAUUGUACCUACGAUGAAGACAGUUAUUGUUGGAGGAUCAAAAGAUGGAGUGAUUGUAUGUUGGGAUACUUUGGAAAGAGUUCAAUGGAAUAGAGCGUUUCCUUUGAAUUUUCACAAUGCGCCUUCUGUUGUAACGACUUCGACGGAUACGAAUGGAUCUUCGUAUAAUGGGGAGAUUUUAGCGAUGAGAUUGUUGCCAAUGACGCCUUUUACUGAAAAUUUUAAUACAAAUCAAACUGCGAAGCUUUGCACUCUUCACGAAGAAGGCGUCAUUACGGAAUGGUCUCUCAUGUACAUGCAAUCGCUCGGAAAUGAAUCCCUAAUUAAGGCAAAGCUCGAUCAAGGCGCAAUGUGGUCAAAACUGAAACUCAUCCAAACAAACAUCAUUCAAGUUCUUGCUUUGCCGCCAUUUUCACAACAAGAACCCGAAGCAAAAAUAGAUACUGACCUCGAAAAGACGUACAAAUAUUUCGAAGCGGGCAUUUACAACGACAAAGUCUUACAAAACCUCUCGGAAGCGAAUGCUGCGAAAGUAAAACAUCAUCUGCUGUCACUUUCGGAACGUGUAAUUGACUUGUUAGUGGUUGACAAUGAACAUCUUGCGGUACUUACGAACAAAAACUACCUUUACACAUGCUCGCUUGCCGAAUACUCGAAAAUGAGGAAAUUAAUGAUCGAAAUUGAUGACGCGAAUGAUGCUGCUUACGGCAUUACAAUGUGUUCGUGUACGGAAAAAAGUGUCGUUGGCGUCGUUUUGUCGAACGGCAUUGUGAAAUUCGUGAAUAUCAGUCCUGAAAUUGCAUCUGAAACGAAUUUCAAUGGAAAUUAUGAAGAUCCUUUGAUUAGUUAUUCGCGUUAUAACAAUAUUUCAUGCGGAUUUCAUAAUGAACAAUUAUUUGUCGUAACAAAUAACAAACUUACGAUCUACGAAAACGGUUGUGAAAAGAUAAUUUCUUUGACUGACGAUGUAAAAUCAUUCCAAUUUGUCAACGGAAUCGAUGGAGAUACAAAAUUGGUUAUGCUCUUGCAAAAUGGAACUGUGAUAAUACAUUUUCUAAAAAAUUAG